AUGCCCCCCAGCAUACUAAAUUUCCCUACACUCCCUAAGGAGACCAUUCUGAAAAUCCUCACCGAGAUCACCCAAAAGAACUUCAGUGACUAUUGCACCCUCAUCUACACUCGAGGUCAUACGGAUUGUGAUGGGGUGUUUGGACAGGGGCAGAUCGAAAGUAUCACCCUCCAACACAAAUGUAUCUACAAGGCACCUGUCAUCGACGGUGAGAUCGACUUUUUGACGCCCGCAAACCUGAGCUGGAAGCUAGCUCUCGAAAAGAAUCGAGUGCUUCAUCAACUUCAUGUUUAUGAUAGAUAUCUCAAUCCCGAUCUUGUCGAGCCAAUGCGAGCCCUCUGGAGUCGACACAACAACCCACAUCCGGACCUCGAAGCAUUUCGCUGUGACACUGGACAUCUUCUUGUUCUCACCGGCGAUAUCAUGGAUGAUCUUCCCUUCGCCGUUGAUGUUUAA